AUGGCAUUAAGAGGUCAUCGAGAUUCAGGUUGUAUAUUUAAGGAUGAUACAAAUGAAAAUGAUGAGAACUUUAGAGCUAUUCUAGAAACUGGAGAUGAUGAGCUCAGGAUUAACUUGUUAAAUGCACCGAAAAAUGCUACGUAUUUAAGCCCCACCAUUCAAAACGAAAUCAUUGAUGUGUGUUAUAAUUUAAUAUUAAGAAAGGUAGUUGCCAACAUUAACAAGUCUUCAUUCUUUUCAGUCUUGGCAGAUGAAUCAACUGAUAUAUCUGGCAUAGAGCAAAUGUCCUUGUAUGAAGUUCAAAUAAAAGAAGACUUUUUGCAAUUUAUUCCGAUUCAAGAUAUGAGAGGCACAAUAGCCAAGGUAUAUGAUAUGUUCAAGUAUCCAAAAAGAUCUAAUGUCCUCGAAAAUAUUCUGAGAUGGAUCCUACCACAUGAAUCGGAUGCAGUUUUUCUUAAAUUAUUUGACCCGAUAAUUGUUGCCUUGAAUGAAAUAUGGGGAUGGACAGAUACAUCAGUGGUGGCAGAAGCCAAUGAAAUCUUGAAAUCGAUUCAAGGUCCUGAGUUUUUAUUGGCCAUUAAUUGUAUUAACACUCUCUUCUGCCACACAAUAUUAUUAUGCAGAGCCUUGCAAAGAGUGAACCAAGAUAUGGUUCAGGCAUUGAUCUUAACUGAAGAUGCAUAUAAUGCUAUUUUACAGAUAAGAAAAAAUGCUGAUUGUGAAUUUAGAACGAUUUUUAACAAAAUUAAAGAACGUUUAUUAAACCAUAAACUUUUGCUAAGUAACUUUCAAAUUUUGUUAUCCUCUAAUCCAUCUGUGAACAUUUCGGAUGACAUUAGAAAUAAAAUUCAAAUGGAUAUAAAGCCUGAUAAUGCAUUAAAUGCACUGAAUAUUUGUAAACAAAUUGAAUUUCCGAACAUAACAAAAUUAUUUCAAAUUUUAGCAUGUCUCCCAAUUACGACAUGUACAAAUGAAAGAACUUUCUCUAAUUUAAGAAGACUAAAAACAUACUUACGAUAUACUACCUCGCAAAAUAGAAUAAAUGGUUUAGCGCUAUUAAAUAUUCAUCGGGAAUUAACACCAGAUAAUACUAAAAUAAUUAAUAAAUUAUCAAAUUCUAAAAGAAAAUUAGAUAUAACAUUAUAA